AUGACACCACCUCUCAAAUUAGCAUACGAAUCUUGUGAGUCUCUCCACUCAUUUUCAGUUGAUUUUGAGUUGGAUGCUUUGACAACAUUCGAGCGAUGUAAAUCAAUACUCUUGUAUUUUUUUAUUGACAACCAUAACAAGGACGUUUGUGCUUUAGAUAUUGCUGGCAAAUUUAGUGUCAGGAGUAUAGCGCUAACUAUACUUGGCAGCAAAGAAGAAAAACUAUCUGGGCAACAAGUUCUUUUGCAUCUGCUGAAACAGUGGCUCCCUGCUGCUCAGUUAUAUCCCAGCAUGAAUGAUUCCAUGCCAAAUUACUUCAACUGCUAA